UUCCGGUUUACUUUGGUCUGGUGACGAAAGUUUGAUCGACAAUUUAUAAAGAGCUGCCGUGGAUACAACGGACUUGUCAUGGAAGAAAUCACAGAGACGGAGGCUGGAGAGAACAACGUUGGUGUUAAAGGUCCCUUCCAGCCACUGUUCUCCGUCAAAGUCCCAGAUGCUGUGAAAAAUGGAGAGAUUCUGCAGUUUAAUAUUAAAGUAUUCAAGACAAACACAGAUGACCUGAUAUGUACAGUAUCCAGACAGUACGAGGACCUGGAAUGGCUUCAGCACUGUCUCAUGACAGAGAACGAGAUCAAUGGUCUCAUCUUACCUCCCUUACCCUCCAAACCAGAAACAGAUGCGAAAGCUGCAGAGAAAAAUACAAAAAAACAGCUUGGAAGUUCAACCAAUGUUCUCAUGGCUGAUGAGUUCCACGUUCACUGUCACAGCGUAGCAAAAUACCUGGUCCUGGUGUUAGAACAUGAAGUUUUAGGGAAGGACAAAGAAACACUCAGCAAUUUCUUAUGUCAACAAGAGCCACCAAUCCGAGCCAAGCUGAAGAGAGGUAUCAUGAGUCGACUGUCGUCGGUUGUGGAGGAAGCCAGGAAAGGUCAACACAGGGACAUAGAUGAAUACUUCCACAAACAGAGAGAAUGGAGUACAGAAUAUUCCAAGGCAUCCAAGGAGACCUCACAGAACUUCAACAGAAUGUUGAUAGCACAGAUGAGAUUGGCUGGCUGUUAUGGACAUUUAGCCACGGCAAUGUCGGCCAUGGACGUGUACAGAGAUGCAACGUCUGUACAGAUGAACAUGUUACUCUCAAAGAUGGCUGAAGGAAUGGAGGAUUCUAAGCGUGGUAUGGAGGUAUUAUGCAGUAAUGAUGAGAGGACCUUAGGUCGUAUGCUAGACCUCUACGCCCGAUACAUGGACUCGGUCAAGGAGAUGCUGUUUAGGAGAACCACACUAUUGGUGACCUAUGAAGAUGCUACAAAGGCAUUAGAGAAGGCCAAACCAGUCAAAAAGGCAGCAGCAGAAGAAGCGAAAACAUCAUCUCAAAAGGCUUAUGAGUCUUGUUCAGAUGUUGCUAAGAAAGAACUAAAGUCUUUUAUGCAUCAGAGAAUCAUUACAUUUGAAGGUGGGUUGUCAAAGUUUGCCGAAAGCCAAAUCAAGACCGCUCGAGACUCAUAUACCUUAUUAGUCCGAACACUUAAAGCCGUGAAAGAGAUGGACAUAUGACACAAAUCAAUAUAGCAUGUAUCUGAACCAGUCAAUGCCUUACACACUUGCCAAAAUAACUUAAUAUAGAUAGGAAUGAGUCUGUUUUCAUAUACAUUGAUGUACAUGUAUUUUGUAUCUGAUCCUAUUAAGUCAUUUUAUAUUUGCUAGCAAAUUUUACUACCUGUGUGUAAAAUGUAAAUUGCAGUGAAAAGUCAGUGUAUAGGCCUAAUCAUUUUGGAACAAUUGAAACCCUUCAUUUUGAAAUAACUAUUAGAAAUGUUCAAUUUUUUUUUCUUGUUUUUUUUUUUCGCUAUUUGAUAGAAUCAAGAAGUAACCUGGAAUUAAAAAAGUUUUGAGGGCUUUUCCAGUUAAAUAUCUCCCCAUCAGGAGGCCUCCAGGUUUGUUAAACAGUAAGACUUAUAGAAAUGAUUUAAUGAAAUUUGUAACUUUUAACAAGAGUCUUUUCUCCAGCACCCAUGUAUAAAAUUUCUUUAUUUCUAGUGUCAUUUGGAUAUUUAAUUUUACUGGAAUAGCCCUGACAAGAAACUUUUUUUUGAAAACACUACCAAAUUUGAACCCCAUGAAAAUAUAUAUUUUAUUUUCAUGUACCUGGUAAGUUGUAUUUUCCUUAACAAUAUGACAUUGGCAGAAUGGUAAGCAAUACGAUAGAUAUGUAAUUGUGUAAAUCCACAGUGGUGAUACAAUAACAUAUGUGACGUCAUAAAUACGUCUGUACAUGUCAGGAUUUUGUGUCUGCAAUGAAUCAUGUGUUCUUUUGACAAUACUCAGCAAGAAGUUCUGAAAAUAGAUUUUAUAAAAGUGUUUCUUGUGUUGUAGAACGUAGACUUGAUAAGUUCGAACUAUCCAAAAUAGUGUUAGUUAUUUAAGCUAGUAAUAGUUCGAACUCUGGUUGUUUAUAAUUAUUGUUUUUCUAGAAAAAAAUGUGUGUUCGAACUAUCUGCGUGUUCGAACUAACCAGAGGUUUACCGUAUAUAGAAUCUAGCACUCCUAAUUGAACUUGUUUAUUUUCAUAUAAAACUUGCCAAAUGUUUAUUUCAUAUGAAAUUUAAUAAUUUGUUAAAUGUAAAAAUUAAUUCAGUAUUCAUUGACACUUAUAUUAAAACCUCUAUGUAGGUAAAAGACAUUGACAGUAAAAAACAUGUUUUUUUUUUUGUAGAGCCUGAGUAUUUCAUUUAAUAUAAAUUAGAUUUAUAUAAACAUGUAUAGUAUUGAACUGGUCUCAUGGAACAUUGUGAAAAAUAUUUAAAUCAACCAGAUUUUUUCUACUUCCUUGGUAUGGUUGUAUUAUCUGUGUUAACGGCAUUGCUGAAAUCCCAGAUUAUAAAAUGUUAAUAAUAUAUUAUCUGUUAUAUAUAUGAUUUUUUUUUUCAUGUUACCAUAUUUAUCCAGCAAUAAGGCUAUGCCUGAUAAUAAGCCCACCAUGUCAAGUGCUAUUUUAUAAUCAUACGAAAAACCCAACCCCUGUUGUGAAUCUAACUUUGUAUUGGCCCACUGGGCUUAUUACAGGAUAGAUAUGGUAUUUACUGCUGUGGGCAAUUAUUUAUACAAUGUGAUAUACUAUAUUCUGUAAAAGAUUUUUGUUAACAGUACAUUGUAUUACUAUAAACAUACACACUUCAGCAGUUAUUUUAUUUUAGCACUAUAGGCAUUCCGCUAAAAUAUGAUUAAGCUAAUUGCAGGUUCUUUAUACAGUAUAUAUUGUUUUAUACAACAAUAUUGCGGAUUUGCUAAUUCAUCAUUUCGCUAAUCUGUUUACAUUCUGCUAAAUUACGAUUGUGCUAAUUGUAGGUUCUUUAUAUUGGUUCCUAUGACAACAAUUGUUGGUGCUCUAAUUCAUUAUUAUGCUAAUAUGUUUAAAUUCUGCAAAUUACGAUUGUGCCAAUUGCAGGUUCUUUAUAUUGGUUUUUAUGACAUCAAAUGUUGGUGUGUUAAUUCAUCAUUGUGCUAACCUGUUUAAGUUCAGUUGUGGGUGUGCUAAUUCAUCAUUGUGCUAAUCUGUUAAAAUUGAACUGUGGAUGUGCUAAGUCAUCACUGUGAUAACCUGUUUAAUUGUUCUAACCUGUUUAAAUUCAACUGUGGGUGUGCCAAUUCAUCACUGUUCACCUGUUUAAAUUCAGUUGUGGGUGUGCUAAUUCAUUAUUGUGCUAAUCUGUUUAAAUUCAACUGUUGGUGUGCUAAUUCAUCAUUGUGCUAAUCUGUUUAAAUUCAGCUGUGGGUGUGCUAAUUGAUAACUGUGCUAACCUGUUUAAAUUCAGUUGUGGGUUUGCUAAUCUGUUUAAAUUCAACUGUGGGUGUGCUAAUUCAUUAUUGCACUAUCCUGUUUAAAUUCAGUUGUUGAAGUGCUAAUUCAUCAUUGUGCUAAUCUGUUUAAAUACAACUGUGGGUGUGCUAAUUCAUCACUGUGCUAACAUGUUUAAAUUCAACUAUGGGUGUGCUAAUUCAUUGUGCUAAUCUGUUUAAAUUCAACUGUAGGUGUGCUAAUUCAUCAUUGUGCUAAUCUGUUUAAAUUCAACUGUGGGUGUGCUAAUUGAUCACUGUGCUAACCUGUUUAAAUUCAGUUGUGGGUGUGCUAAUCCAUCAUUGUGCUAAUCUGUUUAAAUUCAACUGUGGGUGUAUUCAGUUGUAGAUGUGUUAAUUCAUCAUUGUGUUAAUCUGUUUAAAUACAACUGCGGAUGUGCUAAUUCAUCAGUGUGCUAACCUGUUUAAAUUUAACUGUGGGUGUGCUAAUUCAUCAUUGUGCUAACCUGUUUAAAUUCAGUUGUGGGUGUGCUAAUUCAUUAUUGUGCUAAUCUGUUUAAAUUCAACUGUUGGUGUGCUAAUUCAUCAUUGUGCUAAUCUGUUUUAAAUUCAGCUGUGGGUGUGCUAAUUGAUCACUGUGCUAACCUGUUUAAAUUCAGUUGUGGGUUUGCUAAUCUGUUUAAAUUCAAAUGUGGGUGUGCUAAUUCAUUAUUGCACUAUCCUGUUUAAAUUCAGUUGUUGAAGUGCUAAUUCAUCAUUGUGCUAAUCUGUUUAAAUACAACUGUGAGUGUGCUAAAUCAUCACUGCUAACCUGUUUAAAUUCAGUUGUGGGUGUGCUAAUCCAUCAUUGUGCUAAUCUGUUUAAAUUCAACUGUGGGUGUAUUCAGUUGUUGAUGUGUUAAUUCAUCAUUGUGUUAAUCUGUUUAAAUUCAACUGCGGGUGUGCUAAUUCAUCAGUGUGCUUAUCUGUUUAAAUUUAACUGUGGGUGUGCUAAUUCAUCAUUGUGCUAACUUGUUUAAAUUCAACUGUGCGUGUGCUAAUUCAUCACUGUGCUAACCUGUUAAAAUUCAGUUUUGUGCUAAAAUGUGAUUGCACUCAAAUAAGUACAUAUAUGGUAUCCGCUUGUAUUUAGCAGGUAAAUAUGACCAGCUGUGAUUCUUUUGUCACAAUGUUAAAUUAAAUAGAGUGGGUAUACAUAUAUAUUCUAUGGUGUACAUUUUUUUGUAAUACAAUUAUCUUCUUUUUUUUUCAUUUAUGGUUACAGUCUUAUCUGUUGGGAUAUAUACCCGACUAUAGAUACAUUAUAUGUUUGCUCUCAAGUUGAUGAGCAACGAUUUCUGGACAAACCAACAGAAAAACGAUUAUUAGGCUGAAUUGAGUAGGGGAGAACACUCGUCUAACCAAGCACUAAAGUUCUAUUAACAGUCAACCUGGCUUAUAAACGCCACUCAAGACAGAGACAAGUGUAGUUUUUAGUGACGGACAGCUGAAACACCUGCAUAUUUCUGUGUUCAUUUACUAAAUGCAAAGAACUUCAUGCCCUUUAAAGGCAGGCGACCUUUACAUGUAUAUACCUGUAGUCUUCAUAGACAGGUUUUUGUUAUAAACUUUAAGGCAGGUUUGACUUAGCACUGGUUGAUGCAAAGGCAUUAGGUGAGUUGAGCUUGAUUUGUGGAUGUCAGGUGAGCUGGAAUCACAUAUCCAUCUUUGUAUUGUCAAUAUUACUUAUUUUUUUCUUUUCUAGAAAGAUUCAACCACUCAUUUGUUGAUACUUAAAAUAUUCUUAAUGCCUGAAAGGCAAAAUGUGCAAUAUUUUGUAAAAUUAAAGAAAAGACUAUUUUCACCACAUUUUACAAGAAAAACCAUUCCAGGUAUUUUGCAUAAGACAGUAUUUGUGUAUUUAUAUACAUUUAUUAUUGCCUGUUGUAUUUGACAUACGACCAUUAAAACUAUUAAUAUUGCCUGUUA